GUCGCGGCCAACGACGUUCAACUGUCCCAGCAGGCCAGAAACACUCAAGGUCGGGAAGGACAUACCAGCCGCUUGCAAACUGCAGAUGUCGUCCGCGUGGAGCUCACUAACAAACAACCGAAGUCAGUUCACGCUGGGCCUCAGAUGCCAUCUGAAGAUCGACACGCCAACACUUGGGCAGCUGGAGCCUGGACAAUGGACAUCGUCUCCCAUCUCUGUCAGCUGGUCCUGAGCGAGGCCUGCGAGGAACUCUGCUUGUUGGCUUCAUGAAUUGUUUGUAACAUUGCAAAACAGCAAUGGACUCUGCUGUGAUGAAUGCACGGGAGCUCAAAUGGACAUUAUCCGCGCUAGAAAGCGCACCACGUCUUUACGUCCAUCACGACACUGACAAGCUCGGCAAUGCACUCAUCUAUUCUAUAGAUGAUGAUCUACUCUACAUCUACGAAGACUCCCGAACGCUAUCUGCUCACGAUCCUCUGGCGUAUAUACCUGCACGAGGAUAUUGGCGAGGGUUUUUGAGACGUGCAAAGAGUCGGCUUGUUGUGACUGAAGUACGGCGUCAUGAAGCUCGCGAGUCAGCAGUCAGUUUGAGUUUCUUCCAUACUGAGCACGCUUCAGGGUCGGCAGAGGUCAAAACGGGGUUGGUGGUUGAAGAGGUUGGAUAUAGCUGGACGAUUGAGUACUGCGGCAAACAGUACAAUGUCAUGCAGACCCGAGAAGCACCCAAUACAGCUACUGGCUCAGGCAAGAGCUAUAAAGUGUGUGAGAGACGCGGGACUCCACUUGCUUGGUAUGCUGCAGAGACGAUGCAUGCGGGCAAGGAGAGCAAAAAGGCUGUUUUGUGGAUUGAAGAAGAGGCCCUUGCUGAUGGCCUUGUUGACUUUUGUGUUGCAUGCCUGCUGACUGCUGCUGAUGUUGUGACGCCCAUCCGGCAGAGCUGAGAUUGGAUGAGUAGAUGUGACUGUUUAUGAGCACACGUGACAGUUGAUUAUGCUGGCGACAACUCACUGAGAUUGUUCUCUUCUCUGUA